AUGAAUAAGUAAAGAACUUCGAAAUAAUUAAAUUCUUGUGGAUGUUAUGUAUCCUAAAGUAAUACAUAAAGAUUACAUCUUUUAUUUGCUGGCUGCACCAAACUCACCAAUUUGGAGCUUAUUUUAGGAAAAUAUUGUCUUGGUAAAAAUGGUUUAUCUGAUAUAAUUCAAGGUCUUGAAAAAUGUGCAAACCUUUCUUCCUUGUAACUUGAUCUUUCUGAAGUGCAAAAUUUAUUUUCUUCGUUAACAAAGAUCUCUAAUCUUUAAAUUUUAGGACUUAAGCUUAUUAAAAAUUAUCUUGAUGUUUAAGAUUAAUCAAUUUUGAGUUAAUCUUUAGCAAACUGCUAGACACUGACUGAUUUAAGACUUACCUUAAAGAUUCUCAUUAACUUAAGCAUCUAAACUCAGAAGCCUGAACCUGAAUCUUAAGAAUAAUAAAAUUUCUUAUCAAAGCACAGAAAAAAUAGGAUUUUAUUUUGCAAAUCUCUUUCAUCUAACAAAAUUGGGUCUCUAUCUUGA